CUUGUGCCAACCGUCCGGGCUGUGCUCCACGUCCGGUGGGUCGCAAGUCUGCGUAGCAGGUUUAGGCCCUUUCGCGCAGGCGCUGUGGCACGGGUGGCGUCUGCAACGCAGGGGGGUGGGGCAGCGGUGACGCGAUUCUGUCCGCGUUGGAGCGGGCGGGCCACCGCCUGAGUCUCCGCGGCCGCCGUGUGACGUGGCACAGCCGAACACUUAACGCCGCGCCGGAGCCACCGCACCAGUCGCCGAGCAGGUCCCGGUCCCGCUACGUCGUGUCCCGCGGCUCUGCCGACACUCCGGCCUGAGAGACGGGUCUUCAGCCUUUUCUCUUCCGCCCACUCAGUUGUGAGCCGGAACCGUGAAGGCCCGAGGGCGGACCAGACCCUCUCUUUUUGACCAUCAAGUGCCACCACCGCUAUGGGCCUCACCAUCUCCUCUCUCUUCUCGCGCCUCUUCGGCAAGAAGCAGAUGCGCAUUUUGAUGGUUGGAUUGGAUGCUGCGGGCAAGACGACGAUUCUGUAUAAACUGAAACUAGGGGAGAUAGUCACCACCAUUCCUACCAUUGGUUUUAAUGUGGAAACAGUAGAAUAUAAGAACAUUUGUUUCACAGUUUGGGAUGUUGGUGGUCAAGAUAAAAUUAGGCCUCUCUGGAGGCAUUACUUCCAGAAUACCCAGGGUCUCAUUUUCGUGGUAGAUAGCAAUGAUCGUGAAAGAAUUCAGGAAGGAGCAGCCGUGCUGCAGAAAAUGCUUCUGGAAGAUGAGCUGCAGGAUGCUGUGCUGCUGCUUUUUGCCAACAAACAGGAUUUGCCAAAUGCUAUGGCCAUCAGUGAGAUGACAGACAAGUUAGGUCUUCAGUCUCUCCGGAACAGAACAGUAAGUAUUGGUAGGGGUAAAGUCGGGGUAAGUAGGCUAAUUCUCAGCUGUCUAUCAGCAUUGUUUUGUUAUUGUUACUGUUUGGAGGUGGGGUCUCACUUGUAGUCUUGGCUGGCCUGGAACUUACUAUGUAGACCAGGCUGGCCUCAAACUCAGAGAGAUCUGCUCACUUCUGCAUAUGCCACCAUGCUGGCUCAGUUUAAAUGUGUAAUAAUUAUUUCCUUUGGACAUACAGGACAUUUGUAAAAUGUGAUUUAACAGUCUUUUUUUUUUUUUAACUGUAAAUACUGCAUUGAAUUUGGCUUUUAAAAAUACGGAUUUUUCUAUUUUUUAAUUGUAUUUUUAUUUAAUUUUAUCUUCUGUAUUGACGUAUUAAGGGUGUUGAGUUGAAUAUGUAGAGGUUACAGACAUACUUAAAUUUCUACAAUUCAAAUAGCUCUACAGCUAUGUGUCUUUGUGUAUAUAGUGUUUUAUUUUUACUAUUCCCUAUGGUGUUGGGAUGUGAACCCUGAGUGUUUUUUUGCACAGGUUAGGGUAAUUAUCCUACUGCUGAAUAGCAUCUCCAGCUUAGCAAGAAUUUUAUACUUGGUUUGCUUCUUUUAGGUGGUGCUCACUAAAUAUAGUCUGUGCUGGCCUUAAACUAAGGAGCAUUCCCCUGCCUCCUGCUCUUCUUUCCUCGGUGCAAAGAUUGCAGGCAUGCAAACAUACCAUGCCCUACAUGUUGGGUUGUUUAUAAAAGGCCUGGGAUGUAUCGACUGUAAUUAGAUCAUAUUGUUUAGUACUCUGUGCUUGUUGACUUUUAAACCUUAUGGAGAAACCUCUACUGGUACAUUUUUUGAAGGUAUUUUAAAUACAAAAUUACAAGAAGUACUGUGCCUGUAUCAAAUAGCUUAACAUUUUAUACCAGUGAUUGAUAAUAUCCCUACACAUAGAAAUUAUAUGUUUUAGACCUUGUUUUUUAAAGAAAAGAAAACAAAACAAAAGAUGCUGUCAAAAACUGAGUGUCCGUCCUUGAUAAGCGUCUUGCAUUAAUUUGCCAACACAGCAGAUACUAUUUAUUUACUGUGUUGCGGUGCAUGGAUUAAAAAAGCUAUAUAGUAAGAGAGAACGUUUUCGUGCUAUGGAGAUAUGAAUUUCUGUCUCCCCUUCCUGCUGGAUUAGUAGGUAUUUGGUCUUUAGAUAAUUGGCAGCAUGGUAAACCUAUAGUGACCUGCAACAUUAAAGUAAGAUUUUAUUCUAAGGUGAAAUAAGACAAGACUGUUAAAAAUAAAUAAAUUUUCCACUAAAUGUGAAUUAUUUUCUAGGUGUUUCAAGUUUUGUGAGUUUUUUUUUUUUGUUUGUUUUUGUUUUGUUUUUAGUUUUUUUUUUUUUUUUUCUUUUUUUUUUGAGACAAGGUCUCUUUUUUUUUUUUUUUCUUUUCCUUUUUUUCGGAGCUAGGGACCGAACCCAGGGCCUUGCGCUUGCUAGGCAAGCGCUCUACCACUAAGCUAAAUCCCCAACCCCCUCCUUUUUUUUAAUAUUUGGAUUUUGUUGUGUUCAUACAAGCAAGUAAGAAUUUUUAUUGUUUAAAACGAGAUCUUUUGGAAUAUGAAACCAAAGACACUAAAAUUGUUUAUUAAAAAAUGAAAUUACUUGAAAAGUUAAAAGCUCUUAGAAUAUCAGCAGACAUCUUUCGGAAAUGUCCCCCUUUUACACUGUGAAUGUGGGUUACUGAAGAGGGCUUGGGCUUGCCUAGCAUACGAGAGACUGAGUUUGGUCGCCAGCAUUACAAAAGUCAAAAUUCGCUGUGGUCUACUUAGUUUAUAACGAAGAUCUUACGGAUUACGUAGGUAGUUUGAGAUUUUCCCAUUAUUCCUCAGAUUAUGUGGGGGAAAGGUGAAGUGGUAAACACGUCAAAGAAUCGACGUAGUUUUCCACGGGUAGAGUGAGAAACGAGGUGUGUGAGCAUAUCCGAAGGAAACUAUUGAGUGGCCUUUAGAGUUAGCCAGAGCUUUAAGUCCAUGUUUGUGGGAUGUAAGCCCUUGCUCACGUUCAAUGCUGUGAUUUUAUAGUGCUGUUUUGUAUACUUGUAACGACUUACUCAGUAGUGCCCUUAGGCAUUUAUGAGGAGGGACUUAAUAUUUUUUGUCUAAACCUGGCACUGUGUAUUGUCUUGUUAAUCAAGUAUUUUCUUGUUCUUUUUUUCACAGUGGUAUGUCCAAGCCACUUGUGCUACACAAGGAACUGGUCUGUACGAGGGGCUGGAUUGGCUGUCAAAUGAACUUUCAAAACGCUAAAUGAAACUGGAUAUCUAACCAAGGACAUGUUUGAUAGAAUUGGUCUAGGCUUGUUACAACAAAAUUAGUUUGCAUCUUGGUUAUUAAAGGAUAUCUGAGACGGUUUGGGCAGAAAUUACAGCAUUUAAAACUUGUUUUGUUGCCAAUUAUUGUUUACCAAGAACAAUGUUGCUGUUUAGCAAUAUGCUUGGGUUUAAGAGAAAUUCUCCUUGGGGGAAAAAAGUGUCCAUUAUUAUACUUCCCCUGAACCUGAAUGCCUGGAUAGAUAGCGAUUGUGACACCCUUAAAUAAAUCUGUUUUGAGUGUU